AUGAGCUCCUUGUAUUUUAUUGUAGUUUUAGCGUUUUGUUUCUUCACUGUAAGUGUUUCUGAGUGGUUCGAAGCUGAAGAAAUAGUGCCUAUUUGUUUAACCGGACGCUCAGGAGGACGAGUAUCCAAGAGGAGCGAAGAUCCUCCCAGUUUCCGUCUGACUGCUUUUGGAAGGAAUUUCACCCUGAAUUUAAAUCCAGACACCAGAUUUCUGUCCCCAACACUGAAAGUUUAUCAUAUCAGGGCGCAGGACGCAUCGGACGCUUUACAUCCGCGGAGCUCAUCGCAGAGACAGGUGUCAGUCCGCGACCCGACAGAUGGACACAGGUCUGUCAUUAAAAGUACAGAAGAUGAAGAUCUGCGAGGCUGUUUCUAUACAGGAACUGUAGACUUUCAGGAGGACUCGGUGGUCUCGGUUAGUCUCUGUCACGGUAUUCUGGGAUCGUUCAUUUUAGACGGACGCGAGUACCGCAUCGAGCCACAGCGCUCCGGCACUGGAACGAACCACAGCGCCACUGACCGGCCGCACAUCAUCAAGAGAACAUUCAGACAUGUACCCAGUACAGACGGGAUACUCGGUCCAGUGGAUGAUGCGAGUGUUCAUGAGGGUGAAAACAGUCCUAUUAAUAAAGAAUCCUUCAGACACCGGCGAUUUGUAUCCGCACCGAGAUUUAUUGAGACUCUGGUAGUGGCUGAUUUCUCAAUGUGGAGCUUCUACAGAGACCAGACAAAGCAUUACGUCUUGACUUUGGUGUCAGUGGCUGCACAGAUUUACAAGCAUCCCAGCAUUAAGAAUUCACUCAGCAUGGUGGUCGUGAAGAUGCUGAUUUUGGAGGAUGAGGAGGUCGGGCCAACUGUUUCCAGUAACGGGGGCUUGGCUCUGCGUAACUUCUGCUCCUGGCAGCAGCAGUUCAACCCAGCGAGCCAGAGACAUCCAGAGCAUUACGACACUGCCUUGCUAUUUACUCGAGAGGACAUUUGCGGGCAGCAGAGCUGUGACACGCUGGGCGUCGCUGAUGUGGGGACCAUGUGUGAUCCUAAAAGGAGUUGCUCUGUCAUUGAAGACAAUGGACUUCAGGCAGCCUUGACAACAGCUCAUGAAUUAGGCCAUGUAAUGAGUAUGCCUCAUGAUGACUCCAAGAACUGCGAGAGUCACUCUGGACAUCUAACCAAGCACCACGUUAUGGCUUCUGUAUACACUGGUUUUAAUAAGACGUCUCCCUGGUCCCCCUGCAGCGCUUUCUACAUCACUGAGUUUUUUGACAAUGGCCAUGGGGACUGCCUGCUGGAUGCUUCUGAAAAGACGUUGCCCUUGCCCACCGAGCUGCCUGGUGUGACUUACAGCCUGGACCAGCAAUGCCAGCAGGUCUUUGGAGAGAAUUUCACUUACUGCAAAAAUGCCUCAGCUGAUGAGGUGUGCAGCCAACUGUGGUGUGAACAGAAGGGCCAGUCUCUGUGCACCACCACCAAUGGAAGUUUACCUUGGGCAGACGGCACAGAGUGCUCUUCUCAGAGGAAGUGCUUGAAUGGUGUUUGUACUGCGUCUGAGGAGGUCAUGAAACCAAAGGUGGUGGUGGACGGUGGCUGGGGAGAGUGGGGUCAGUGGAACCAGUGCUCCCGUUCCUGUGGUGGAGGCGUGAUGUUUUCUUAUAGAGAGUGCAAUCAGCCAGCUCCUCAGAAUGGAGGAAAGUAUUGUGUGGGACAGCGAGUGCAGUACCGCUCCUGCAAUACACAGGCAUGUGAAAACAACCAUGGAAAAAGCUUCAGAGAAGAACAAUGUGAGAAGUAUACCAAUCCUAAUCACUUGGAUAUCUAUGGAAAAGUCAAGCAGUGGAUACCAAAAUAUGCUGGUGUGUCACCACGAGACCGAUGCAAACUUAUCUGUAGAGCAAGAGGAAGCAGUGAAUUCAGAGUGUUUGAGGUCAAGGUAAUUGAUGGGACAGCUUGCAGUCCAGAUUCCACUUCAAUCUGCAUCCAAGGUCAGUGCAUCAAGGCUGGCUGUGAUCUUGAGAUCGGCUCAAAUAAGAAGCUCGACAAGUGCGGAGUGUGCGGUGGGAAUGGCCUAAGUUGCCGGAAGAUCUCGGGCUCAUACAAUAAAAUCAUCCAAGGAUACAGUGAUAUCGUGACAAUCCCUAAAGGUGCCACCAAUAUUGACAUCAAGCAGCGGAGCCAAAGAGUCAGAAAGCAUGAUGGAAACUACCUGGCCAUCAAAAGAGAAAAUGGCGAGUAUUUACUGAAUGGCAACUUCUCAGUGUUCACUGUCGAACAGGACAUUCCAACUGACGGGGCUGUGCUUAAGUACAGUGGCUCGGCCAGCUCCUUAGAGAGGAUCCAGAGUUUCCGCCAACUCCAGGAAGUCAUCAUCAUUCAACUGCUUUCUACAGCUGGAGAGGCAAGCCCACCCAAAAUCAAAUACACAUUCUUUAUCCCAAACAAUGUCUCUUUUAGUAAAAACAAAGGCAAGAAGACAUCUGUUCAUCCUUUUGGAGUUCCACACUGGGUGCCGGGAGAAUGGUCAGAGUGUUCGAAAAGCUGUGGAUCAGGAUGGUCUAGAAGGACGGUGGAGUGUAAGGAUGAUGCUGGCUUCUAUUCAAACUACUGUGACCAAAAACUUAAACUCAGAGACAUCAGGCCCUGCGCAGACCUGCCAUGCCCUAUGUGGCAAAUAGGGCCUUGGUCUUCAUGUUCCAGAAUGUGUGACCACGGAGAACGGCAUCGCAGUGUGGACUGCAUUGACUACACUGGGAAGGCUGUUGAAAAAGAAAAAUGUGAUCGUUUAAAGCAACCCAAGCUAGUGUUUGAAGAGUGUGUGUACCAGGAGUGCUGA